AUGCCAACUUUGGACCCAGCUGUUAAUCUGGGCUAUACUCCAGAAUAUUCUGAUGAAUUACUCAGUGUCAUCAUCAAUGUUUAUAAGGAGGAAAUUAAACCAUAUUUGAAUGAUCUUAAAUUGCACAAGAUGAUAGAUCUGAUAGAGAUCAUAAGUAUAAGCUAUGAACAUUAUAAAGAAGAUUUACUAAAAGGUGAUUUUAAAAAAUGUCUAAGGUAUUAUAUUGUUGGAUUGUUUUAUAUUUAUUUAAUUGUACCCAAUUCUAUACAAUUUCAAAUCAAAAAUAAAAAUUAUGAAUUCUUUAUAUCUUUGAAACAAAUGUUUGAAAAAGAUAUCAAUAUGUCAAAUGUGAAGUUACAAACUGUGGAUUAUGUCGGAGUAUUAAAUGAGAAAUUUACAAAUAAUCAUAUUGAAUUUUUAAGAUCAAAAUCUAAACUAAGGUCAAAUACAUUACCAUCAUCUGCAUUACAACAAGACCUAUCACAAUUGGCAAAACAAGCACAAGAAUUAAGCUUAGAAACCAAUAACCUUUCACCUCCAUCAUCAAGUUCAUCAUCAACAAAUUCAUCAAUUGUGGAGGAAGAACUUUGGUCACCUCCAGAUUUACAACCAAAUGAUCAUUUAAAAUUAGUAUCUGAUAAUAAUUUUUCAUCUGAUUCAUUAGCCAAAAUACCAGAAUUACCAUCACAUGCACCACCUCCUCCACCGCCGCCAGCGCUAGCAUCUCAAUCUCAACUGCCAAAUGGCGCUCAAUUACAAGAAUUACCUAAUAAUUCAUUGGAAAAUGGGUUACCAGCACCAUCACAAUUCAAGUUUAAUCAUGCAAAGACAUUACCAUUAGAAUUUCAACCUAUAACUCAAUAUCCACCAUUACAAGAACCUUUACAAGAACCAAGUGUUGAUGAAAUACCCGAAGAAGAAUAUUUAAAGAAACGUCAAGCAAGAAAAGGUUCUUAUCAAUCAGUUUAUGUUAAUGAAGAUGAAGAUGAAUUGAAUGAACUACCAACAAUUUCAUCAAAGGAUUUAUAUGAGGAUUUAGAUUCUGGUAAAAGUUUUUAUUUAAUUAUUGAUUUAAGAAGAGUUAAAAGUUUCCAAAUUAAUCAUAUUGAAUAUGAUCAUGUUUUAAAUAUUGAUCCUUCAAAUUUCAUUGAUGUUUCAGAUUAUCAAAGUCUUAAGGAUAUUUUGAAAACCAUAUUAAUAGAACAAGAUUAUAUUAAAUUCAAAAAUAUGAAAUCAUUUGAUUCUGUUAUUGUUUAUACAGAUAACAAAUGCUUUUUAGAAUCAGAUUUUGAUUAUAUUACAAAAUUUAGAUCACUGAUAUCAUCAAAUGUUUCCAUUGAAUUGUUGAAAGGUGGAUUUGAUUCAUGGUUGAAAUAUAUUACCAAAAUUAAUCAAUCACAUAGAGUCCUGAAAUUUAAGGCAAGAAGAACUCCAAUUCAACAACCACAACCACAAAUUGCUGUGCCACCUCCACCCUCAGUACCACCACCAUCACCACCUAAACAAAGUGCAUCGGCUCCACCAUAUGAUUAUACAAAAUUUUUACCACAAUAUCAAUCUUCACAUGAGGCGCAACCAUCUAUUCCUAUUGAUACAAAUCAAACUACAUCCAGAUCAUUCAAUCCACCUUCCAACGUGCCACCACCUCCUCCACCACAUCUUACACCUUAUUCAAGACCUCAACAAGCUCCUCCUGUACCACCCGAUCAAUAUCAUCAAUAUCAACCACCAUAUAAUCAAUCUUAUCAGAUGAAUCAACAUCAACAAUAUUCACCAGCUUAUCCACAACAACAAUAUCAAUCACAACAGUGGUAUGGUCAACCGUCUUCACAAGUACCAUCACAAUCUCAACCCAAUAUUAUGCAAAGUGCACCACAAUUACAAUCUUUCCAACAAUCAUCACAAUCUCAACAACAACAACAAUAUCAAGUAUCAAAUAGAUCACGUACUGAUAGUAUACCAACUUUACAAAGAUCACAAAAUCCAAUGACAAGAUUAAGUAUAACAGGUUUAAGAAAUUUAGGAAACACAUGUUAUAUAAACAGUAUGAUUCAAUGUUUAUUUGCAAGUACCCAAUUUCGUGAUAUUUUUUUAAAUAAACAAUUUGAAUCAUAUAUAAAUCCAAAAUUUAACAAACCUAAGAUAUCACCAUUAAUUGCUGCAUUAUUUAAAAAAAUGUAUCUAAAUGGUGGUUGUUCAGUUGUACCAUCUGGUUUUUUAAAAAUUUGUAAUCAAUUAAGACCAGAUUUGAAAAUUCCAUCAGAACAACAAGAUACUCAAGAAUUUUUAAUGUUUUUAUUAGAUCAAUUACAUGAUGAAUUAUCAAAUUCAAAUUCAGUUGUUAAUGAUUUCCCUGGAUUAAUGUCAUAUGAUUCAUCAUUAGGUGAAGAUUAUAGUAAAUGGACUGAAGGUUUAAUUAAACAAGGUUUAUCACCAAUUAGUGAAAUUUUCCAAGGUCAAUUAAAAGAUUCAUUAAAAUGUAUGACAUGUGGAUUUGAAUCAUCAAAUUAUUCAACUUUUUAUAUGUUAAGUCUUGUUAUACCAAAAAUUAAUACAUUUGGUAAAAAAUUGAAAAAAAUUCAAUUAGAAGAUUGUAUUAAUUUAUUUACAAAUGAAGAAAUAUUAACAGGUGAAAAUGCAUGGGAUUGUCCAAAAUGUUCAGAACAACAUAAGAAAAAAUCUAGUAAUUCAAAUUCAAAUUCAUUAUCAAUACCUUCAUCAAGUACUACAGAAUCAACUAGUUCAAGUUCAAGAGAUUCAAGGAAACAUAGAUUACAUUUUGGUAAUGGAUUUAGAUUUAGAUCAAGUAGAUCAUCAUCACCUUCUAAAAAACCAUCAUCAAUGUCAUCAAAAAAAUCAAGUUCCAAAUCAAUUAAAUCAUUAAAUUUUGUUAAAUUACCACCAAUUUUAAUUAUUCAUUUAUCAAGAUUUUUAUUUUAUGAUUUAAGUACCAAAGAUAAUAGUAUUGUUCAAUAUCCAUUAAUUUUGGAAUUUAAUCAUGAAGGCACCACAAUUAAAUAUAAAUUAUUUGGAGUUGUUAAUCAUAGUGGUACUUUAAAAUCAGGUCAUUAUACAUCAAUUACAAAUAAGGCAUUGGGACAUAAUUUACAAGAACCAGCAUGGUAUUAUUUUGAUGAUGAAGUUGUUAAAACUACAGAUCAUGGUGAUAUUCGUAAUCAUUCACAUCUGGCAAGUAGUGAAGUUUAUGUUUUGUAUUAUGAAAGAAUUUAUUAA